AUGAGCCAGGAAGUGACGUCUUCGAUGCCGGAGGGCAUCUUCUCCCUUCUGGAUACGGAUCUCUACAAGCUGACGAUGCAAUGCGCGAUCCUCAAGUACUUCCCUAAUGUUUAUGUGACGUACGGCUUCACGAAUCGGACCCCGCACAUGAAGUUGCGGCGCGGGGCAUACAAAUGGCUUCUGCAGCAGAUGGACAAGCUCGCCAAUGUGCGCGUCACCGCUGAAGAGCGCGCAUUUCUCAAGCAAAAAUGCCCAUACCUCAACGACACCUACAUUACCUUCCUCGAGACUUUCCAGCUCAAACCCGCCGAGCAAAUCGAGAUCAAGUUCACCCCGACACAUGACACCGGCAGCGAUGAGGACGAGGGCGCUGUGGAAUACAUCAUGAAGGGUCUCUGGGUCGAUACGAUUCUGUACGAGAUCCCGCUGCUAGCGCUGACCAGCCAGGCGUAUUUCAUGUUCAGCGACACAGACUGGGACUAUCGCAACCAGGAGGAGAAAGCCUUUAGGAAGGGCUGUGAGCUCCUGGAAAAUGGUUGUGUGUUCUCGGAGUUUGGCUCGCGGCGGCGGAGAGACUAUCAUACUCACGAUCUGGUGAUGAAGGGACUGUGCCGCGCCGCAGAGGAGGGAAAGCGGCGGGGCUGGAAGGGUAUCUUGACCGGAACCAGCAACGUGCACUUCGCCAUGAAGUACAACGUCGGAGCCGUCGGCACCGUGGCGCACGAGUGGUACAUGGCCAUCGCGGCUAUCACGGACGACUACGAGAAUGCCAACGAGCUGGCGCUGCGGUAUUGGCUCGGCUGCUUUGGCGACGGCGUUCUCGGAAUCGCGCUUACGGACACUUUCGGCACACCUGCCUUCCUGGACGCAUUCCGCAAGCCCAUCCUCGAAGCCCCCGUGCAGAGCGAUGCCUCCGCAAGACCCCCUACCACGACCGAUGUCCACACCGACAACAGCACUCAUCCCACUAAAACCUACGCCCAGGUCUACACAGGUGUCCGCCAGGACUCUGGUGACCCCACCUACUUCGUCAAGAUGGUGCGUGAAUUUUACGACCGCGAGGGUAUCACUGACAAGAAAACGGUCGUGUUCUCGGAUUCACUGGAUAUCGACCGCUGCCUCGAGUACAAGACGAUUGCCGAGGAGGCGAAUUUCAACCCCACGUUUGGUGUGGGAACAUUCUUCACGAAUGAUUUCGUCAACAGAUCCAACGGCGAAAAGUCCAAGCCGCUCAACAUUGUCAUCAAGAUCGCCAGCGCCAACGGCCGUCCCGCCGUCAAGCUCAGCGACAACAUGGGCAAAAACACCGGCGACAGCGCCAAGGUGCAGGAGGUCAAGAAGAAGCUGGGCUACACGGAACAAACGUGGGCAGAGGGCGACGAGAGCAAUCGCUGGACGAAGCGGACAUAA